AUGAUAUCUAACAACACAGUCGACAAUAACAAUAACAACAAUAAUAACAGUAAUAAUAAGAAUAAUAAUAAUAAUCAGAAAAUAUCAUUCUAUGAUUCAAUCACAGAGGUUGGACCUGAAGAGUUCAUCAAAUGUUUGAUUGGUAGUAAUAAUAAUAAUACAGAUUUGAAGCCAAUUAAGUUGUUGGAGACAUGUCUUUCAACUUUAAAGUCAAAUCAAGUCACCAUAGAGACAUGUAGUAAUGACUUUAUUAAACUCGAGAGUGAAUACAUCAAGUCAUUGGACAGCGAAGAACUAGAGACACUGUUGUUCAAAGAGAGUCAAGACCUGAUCAGUCGAAUCACCAAUGAUCCAUUUGUAAAGAUAGCAUUCUGUGGUGCAACCAAUGCUGGCAAGACAACUCUGUUGAUGACACUUCUGGAUAGGUUGCCAUUGCCCAAUGCAUCUGGACAUACAACGGCCAGGAUCUGUGUCAUUCGUUAUUCAGAGUUGGAGAAUGCAAAUCUCCACUACUGUCGACUCAACACAGAGACGUCCAAGUUGGAUCGUAUCCCAGAUUCACAGGUCAUCUCGCUCUCACAGUAUCCAACAACAAGGUCAUUGAGGGAUGUCUUGUUCCAGCACCUUAGCCGUGACAAUAUGCCCAAAGGCGAGGCUCAGUUUGAGGAGGCCGUCUCUCAGAUCGUUGUCAUCGAGUAUCCAAUCACAUUGCUCAAGGGUGGAGAGGAGAUCUACGACAUCCCAGGUCAGAGUAGCACAGACUUGGAGUGCCUAAAGCAGCUGCGACAGUCCUUCCUCCAACAUAUCAACCCCCACGGUGUAGUCUUCUGCUUCCCCAAUCCAGCAUUCUCGACCGAGGAGAUCAAGGCUUACGAGGACCUGCUUCAGAGCUUGAGAACAGACGUUGAGCUGAGGUCGGCCUCAAGGACCUUCUUUGCCAACACCAAGUUCGAUUCAUUCUCAUUGUCGUACGACCUUAACCUGACCUUGGAUGAGAUGAUGGUAAACGCUGUCCCUGAUGAGGAACAAGCACGAUCAAACAACCUGCCCAGAAGAGCGCAACAACUGGACACGUCCGAGGCAAACAAGGAGGUGGCCUUCAAAGACUACACAUACUCGUUGGUCAACACAAUGGAGUAUCUCGAAGGCAGUGGUGAUGCGAUCUUCCACCGCUUCAUCGAGCGUCUGGCCACUUGGAUCGUGUCACAGCAGCAACGCCGAUAUGCCACAGCCUACAAGCACAUUGCCGAGGCAUCCAACUCAUUCUUCCGCAGUUACAACACCAUCCGAUCAAAGGAGAUUGGCAACAUCCUCAAAGAGACCUGGCUCAAGAAUGGCAAUGAGGCACUCGAUAGCCUUAGAACGAACCUCCUGUCGAGGAUGGACGACAUCUUGCAGAGGACUGCGCAGCACUUUGAAGACUUCUUGGUGGAGCACGACCUCUACAACAAGGCACUGGCCAAGGCCAAGUCCAUCGUGGACACAAACUACGAAGGACUCUCAAGGUAUAAUGCCAGUGCUUAUGCCGAGGUGUUCAAGUUGAGGUUCUCGCCAUGGUUCAACGAGAAUGUUUUGAAGGCCUUCAUCGACUCAAUUCAGAGACGCAUCGACUCGGCCGUGGAGGAGUCCAUGAAAGUUGUCUUUGACAGGACCGAUUCAAUCGAGAAUGAGUUGCUCCUCGACGUCCUCCAACAGUCAUUCGUAUCAGGCUUCAACAGCAGGAUCUCCAAUGACUCGAUCUCAUACAAGAACAUCACACCGACCAUCCUGUCCAACCUCCUGAUGACCGCGACCAAGCAUCCCAUGUUGUUGGCACUGGUCAUCAUAUCAGUGGUCGGCAUCAUCCCAACAGUGAUCUCAGUGAUCGUGGCACCGAUUAUGGAUGCCAUUCGAAAGAUUGACGAUGACUUCAAGGUGGAGUUGACCGAUAAUGUGUUCUUCAAGAUCAGAGAGCAGGUUAAGAAGUUGCCAGUGACCAUGCGCACGAUCCAAACGCAAACUAUCAGCGACACAAUCGACUCCAUCAAGGGUAACCUUGCUGCGCGACAGGAGCAACUUAGGUUGAUGUACGAGAAGCUGGACUCGUUGAGAAACAUGGCAGAGAUGAGGACCAAGUUUGGAAGGGUCGAGGCUGAGGCCUUGUACGCGCUCACCAACUUGAUGGACCCAUCAUACAUUCCAGUGAUCACAAACACCGACGAGGACAUUGGAGGUGGUGCAACAGGUCGCGUGUACAAGGGCACACUCAAGGAGAAGCCAGUGGCCAUCAAGACCUUGUCCUAUCGCAAACCAAUUGGAGAAGCAUACGAGAUUGCAGAGUGCAUGUUCUUUGAGGAAGUGAACAACAGCUACCAACUCACCAACAAGAUCGGAUCAUCAAGGUACCUGCUCCCACUGCUUGGUGUCUUCAACGAUGAGACCAGGAUGGAGUGGCAGAUCGCCUAUCCACUCUACGACUGUGAUCUCUUCCACUACUUGCAUCGCAGGAUCACCAAUGGCAACAUCAUCACAUGGUCCGAGACGCUGUCCAUCGCCAUCGACGUUGCGUCAUGCAUCCAACUUCUACACGACAACAGCAUCAUUCACCGCGACCUCAAGCUGGAGAACAUCUUUGUCAACUAUUCCAAGGAUACUUGGAAGAUCACUCAUAUCUCGCUGGGCGACUAUGGCACCAUCACCUUUGACAGAGUGGCAAUGUCCUAUGUUGGCUCGGAUCGCUACAUGGCACCCGAGAUCAGGACAGGCUACACCGUUCCCAACUCAAUCUACACGGAUUCAGUCGAUAUCUAUUCACUCAGUGGCAUACUAUUCGAGUUGAUUCCAAAGAACAAGUUCCAAAGAGCCAAGAUUGGAUACUUCAACACUGAUCAACAUAUCAAGGAUGCACCAGAGCAGUAUCGCAAACUGAUCAUGGAUUGUGCCAACAAUGAUCCAGACCUACGACCAAAGAUCAGUGAUGUGAAGUCAAUAUUGUCAUCAAUUGUACUUUAA